AAUCUACUACAAAUAUGUAAGUAACAUUGACAUUUUUUGUGUUCAACUGUUGACAGUUCAGCGAGUAGAUUUCAGCAGAGCACAUACACGGAAAAAUUAAAGUGGAACUCGUGUUAAAUUAAAAAUAAAAUAACACCAAUUUUCUAUUAAUACUAAUUAUACACAUACAUACAAUUUGCAAUAAAAAUAAUUAUAUUUUUAGAUUAUUGUAAUAAAACAAAAAAUAUUUUUUUCAAUAUAAGAAGAAAAAACUUACAUAACCUCAAAAACAAUUACUAUUGUGGAAAGAAAAUUACGCAGCAGUUUAAUAAUAAAGUAAAAUAGAGAAAAGAACAUGUUUAAAAAGAGACAGCAACUGUUAUUGAUUUCAAGGGAGUAUUAAAACACAAGGAAAACAUCUCUAUUACAAAUUUAAAGAAGCAGUUUUAAACAGAAGACGCAAAAAAAUUAAUACAAAAUGCCACGCAUAGUGCCCAUACAAUUAUUGAAAUGCCUUAAAGUCCUGUUGGACGAUAAUGGUGGUAUCUUAAGUGCUGGAGAAGUUAAAAGAUUGGCCAGUUUAAUGACCAAAUAUUCCAAAAAAUUAGUUUCCAAAUGCAUUUAUGUACAAAUUUUAAAAUGUACUAAAACCGAACUACUGGGCGAAUUUAUGGGUGCUGGGGGUUGGUCUUUAGUUUAUACUUGGUUAAAUGAUGCCAUACGUGCCAUGAAUUGGCCUUUAGUGCAGGAAAUUUUAGAAUUAUUGCUAUUGUGUCCGGUCGAUGUUCAUCGUUUGAAAAUCAAUUCAGCACCCAAACUUGUUAAGGGUCUUUGCAAAGAUGGUGGUAAUGAAGGUGUACGCAUUUUAGCUAAACGUCUCGUCGAACAGUGGCUUAAGGUGGUUACAGAAAAUCCUGAAGCAACAUUACCCACAACAAAUAUGACACAACAAGCAACACAGGCUAUUAAGACACCAACUGUAGCAGUUGUUGCACCAGAGGCAAUUUCUGUCAACGUACAGCAGCAACAGCAAACAGCCAUGGUUAAUACAGCAAAUCAAAAUUCAACUAAUACACAACAACAACAACAACAAAAACAGGAGGAGCAAAAAGUUGCAACUAAACAGCAGAAAACAAAAGCAAAUAGAAAAGCAAAAAAAGUACAAGAUUUUGAAGAAGAAGAGGAGGAAGAGGAAGAAAUAGAAGAUGAAGAAGAGGAUGAGGAGGAAGAAGAAAAGGAUACUGAGCAAAAUGAUAAAGAUCCUUUGGGUGGAGUUGAUACAGAAGCUACCGUAACAAAUUAUACUUUAACACCAGCCCAAAAGAAAGCCAGUGAAUCUGGUCUAGUCUAUAAGUUUAUCAUUAAAGAUGGUCAAUCUAUUUUAGCUAAAGUUCCUCCCAAAACAGCACAAACAACAGCCGCUCCCACGACCACAGCUCAAUCCAGUGUAGAAGAAGAGGAGGAGGAAGAAACAGAAACAAAUGAAGCGGCUGAUGAUGAUAACGAUGAAUCGCUAGCUACUCGGGAUAAUGCGAACGCUGUAGCUGAGGCCGAUGAUAAUAGUUCUUCUUUGGACAAAACUGAAAAAGACAAUGACAGUGGAUCAGAAGACAAAACAAAAGUGGAAGAUAACAACAAGAAAACCGAAGAGAAAAAAUCUUCAGAAGACAAAGACAAAUCCAGUAAAGAUCGCAGAAGUUCUAAAGACAAAGAGAGACGAGGCAGCACUAGCAGCAUUGACAAGGACAAGGAUAAAGACAGAGAUAGCAAAUCAUCAAAGUCUUCAUCAUCCUCUUCCAGUCAUAGAUCUUCUAGUCACAAGUCCUCAUCAUCAUCGUCGAAGAGUUCGUCAUCAUCGUCUAGUAAAUCAAAAUCUUCAUCAUCUCAUCGUAGUUCUAGUGAUAAACACCGCAGUGAUAAGGAGCGUUCUAGUUCCAGUAAAGAUAAGGAUCGUAGUAGCAGUUCUAGUUCUAGCAGCAAACAUCGUUCAUCUUCUUCGAAAUCAAGUUCAUCUUCAUCUAGUUCUAAGGAUAAAUAUCGUGAUAAAGAAAAGUCUUCAUCGUCUUCGUCCUCAUCAUCUUCAUCCAAAAGUAAAGAUAAACAGGAGCAAUCGGAUAAGGAUAAAAACACCUUAGAGAAGAUUAGUUCAUCAUCCUCCUUGGAUAAACUUGGUAAAAUACCUAAAAAAUCAAGAGAUGAGUCUGAGGAAAAUUCCCCCAAACACACUUCUAUAACAAUACCCUCCAAAAAAGCCUCCAUGUCUAUAGAAAUUAGAAAAGACACAGAGAAAGCGAAAACUGUGAAAACCUAUAAAUCACAAUUUCGUUCGCAUGGUCUCACUGAAGAAGCACCACCACCACCUUCACGCAAAGGCCUAAAGAAACCCUCCUCCGCAACACCACCUGGUACAGUAUUGCCAUCUUCCCUGCCCUCUUCGCUGAAAAGAACCUCACCACCGCCUAGGGAUUUGCCUUCGGAAAAGAAAGCCAAAAUUGACAUCAACAAUGUAACGGUGGCCAAUGAGAAACCGGGCGCUAUUAAAUUAAUACCACCCAAGAAGAUACAAACACUUGUAGAAACCAACCUCUUCUCAGAUGCUCUCUCAGCAGCAACUGGACCCAAAAAGGUCAACAAACGUAAACGUCCUAAUACACCAUUAGUUAAUGGCAAAGAAGAUCCUACAUCACCAACCUCACCUGAUGCCCCCAAAGUAAUGCCUUUGAAAUUUUAUCAAGACACUUUGGAUGAAUCAAAAACAGAAGAUUCCAAAUCAGAUAAGGAAAAUGAUGAAACUGGCGCUACAACAAAAACAACAGAAGAAAAUACAACAGCUGAAGAUAAAGAUCUCGAGGACGAUGAUGAUAUACCUUUGAAAAAGGUCAAAGAAGACAUCGAACAAAAGGUGGCCCAAGAAAAGAAAUUGGAUGGUGCAGAUGUGGCCGGCACUACUAUUGAUAUAACAAAAGAUGAUGAAGAGAAAAAGUCAAACGAAAGUGCUAGUUCUCCUAGUAGACAGACGUCUCCUAGAGGAGAAGAAAAUGAUGUAGAAAUGGUGGAGGAGAAAAAGCCUGGCCCUGGCUGUGGACCUAAUGGUCCACCAGGUGUUUUGAUGCUGCACCGACGCAAAGGACCCAAAAAGAAGUUAACCUGGCGUCCUCAGGAGACGCUGGAACAAGUACGUUACUUUGAAUUGGAUGAAAAUGAACGUUGUAAUGUUACCAAGACCUCGUUCAUGGAUAUGAAAAAUCUGGAACGUUUUAACGAACGUGAUGCUAUUGUGAUGGCAAGACGUGGUUUCAAUCAAGAGGACAAUAUGGAACCACAAACACAUUGGAAGCCUUUGGUGGAGGUAGAUGAUGUGCCACCCCACCCAGAGGGUAAUCAAUCGAAGCAGAGGAAAAUACAAGCGGAACGAGAAUUGACUACCUUGAGAGCUUUGUAUUUUACUCACGCCUUAAUACCCGACUCACCGGCUGAGGCAGAAUUUGAACCCGCCUUUAAUCAUGAUGUGCCACUCAUACCCCUCGAUGAUUUAACCGGUAAUCCGGAUGCUGUUAAUGAUUUCACCAGCAUGCCUUGGCCAGAGCCACGUGGCUCACCCAAACAGGGUGAUAGCGUCAUGUCAGGUACCGGUGGUUUAGGCAGUCCAGUGGAUAUGUUCGGCAACUCGGGACCCAUGCCAAAUGUAAACAAUAACAAUAAGCAGGCGCCGGGUAAUCCAUUUAAUCCCUUCGUCAAUCAGUUCCCAGGAAAUCAGGGACCCAAUGGACCACAAAUGCAAAAUAGUCCACAAAACCAAUGGCAGGGACCAGCAAAUAAUAUGGGUGGGCCCAUGGGUGGCAAUGGUCCCAUGAUGGGAAAUCCCUUCAACGGCAAUCAUGGCAGUCCCAUAAUGGAUAUGGGCGGUCCUGGACCCAUGGGUCCUGGUCAUAUGAUGAACAAUGGUCCUCCUCAGAACUUUAUGAAUCAAUUUUCAAAUAAUUAUGUGGGAGGACCCAACAAUCCUUUCAUGAAUGGCCCCUCUAACUUCAAUAAUGGACCCAACAAUUUCGGACCUAUGGGUCCCAAUGGACCCAUGAUGAAUGGCAUGGGUCCGGGCCCCAUGGGUAAUAUGAUGAAUGGCGGCCACAACAAUAGAAACAACAAUCGCGGCAACAAUGGUGGCGGUAACUGGCGUAGUGGUGGCUCUAAUUUCCAAGAUAAUAAUGGAGGCGGCGGCGGUGGUAAUUGGCGACCAGCUGGUCCUGGUCCCAAUAAUCGCGGUGGCGUUGGAGGCAUUAACAAUAAUGGCGUUUGCAAAGCAUUUAUGCGUGGUCACUGUCGUUUAGGCAAUUCCUGCAAAUACAUACAUCCAAAUAAAAAUAAACGCAUAUAGGAAUGGGCUGAUGACUCCCUCCUUUUAAAGGAUGAUUCAUCAAACUCUAAUAAUUCCUUACCCGCAACCAAUAACGACUGUGAUACAAAAUAAAGACUUAAUAUUAUAAGUAUAAAUGUAAUUUUCCCUCGAAAGGAAAAACCAUUAAGUUUUAAGCCUGAUGAAAAGUAACAAACAAACCAAGACUGUUAAUGCUAUUACGCCCAAAAAAAAAAAACUCUGCUGGCCCCCCCGCCCUCUACAAUUACACGCCUACGUUUUAGCAUUUAUAUAAUAUAAGCUAAUGAAACAACUAAUACACAACCUGCUCGAAUACAAAACGGCUGGCCGCCUUCAAUACAUCAAAUCCUAUUCGUUUAAGAGUAAUUUAACUUAAUAAGAACAAUUUUCCAGAUUUAACACAUGAAAAACUAUAUGAUAGAUCAUGCUA